CACUCGGCCUCCCAUCCUGCCCUCCCCCACUUCCCUUCUCCUGUACGUGUAAACAAUGGCUAGUCACCGAGGUACAAUUCUAGUCAUCAGCAUCUUUCCCUUUUUCCUGCUCCUCCAACCUUCUUGUGGCCGAGAUAUAGAAAGAGAAAUGACGGUGGAGGUGAAGGCAGGAACGGAGGAGUGCUUCUACGAGACGAUAAAAGCCGGCGAAACUCUAGAUGUGGAGUACCAGGUUAUUGAUGGUGGUCAAGGAGAGCUAGACAUAGACUUCUACCUGGCAGGACAAACCGGGGAAAUUCUGCUACAGGAUCUGCGGCGCUCUGAAGGCAACCACAGGACCACCAUCAGCGAGGAAGGUGACUAUCGGAUAUGCUGGGACAACACCUUCUCCCACUUCAACACCAAGACUGUCUUCUUUGGCAUCACUGUCGAGAGUGAUGAAGAUGAUGACCUCUGGGACGAUGGUCUGGAGGAAACCAUCACAGCAGAGGAGAUCUAUGAGAUGAAGAUUGAAGAUAUCAAGGAUGCAAUGGGGAGGAUCCGUGCACACCUCACCAAGUCACGGUUCACACAGGAUCAGCUGAGGGCAUACGAGGCACGAGAUCGCAACCUGGCCGAAAGUAACUGUACCAAAGUGACUACCUGGUCAAUAAUCAACAUUACUGUCAUGCUGGUGACUGGUCUCAUUCAGGUCAUAUUGUUACGAAGCUUGUUUGAUGAUAAAUCUCGGCUACAUGGAAUAUGGAAGAAGGAAGUGCCAUCUACAUUUUCCUAGGGGGUGGCUAGUUAGGUUUUAUUGAUGUGUGUGGGUUUUUAACUUUUGUCGGAGGUAAGGACGGGAUUGCGAAAGUGAGUGUUAACUAUUUUUUCUUUUAAGUUUCUUGAUUUUAGCCAUUUUAAGAUUUUAAAGACUUGAAACAUGUGCCUGUGCUGACCUGAGUACACAUGGAAAAUGGUGUGUUGGGGAUGGGAUAUGUUGUGGUAUUAUAAUAGUUACCAGUUGUCAGGGAAUGAAAGCACUUGUCACUUAAUGAGUGGUAUGUUUUAGUGCACAAAUAAUCAUUGCAGCAAUAAUAUCAUGAAAGGCUUGUAUAUAUUGUAGUUUGUGAAAUUGUGACUGCAUGAUAUAUUAAUUUUAAUUACAGUAUGUUCUGGACCAACUGGCUAGUUCUGAGGGUCUUUUUAGGUCAGUAUGUCAAUCUAAAAGGGCAUUUCAUGGUUCUCUGUACCUUAAAAUUUUGCAGUUUUUAAUUAGUGCCAUAUGAAACGAUUUUGCUUUGAAUGAAACUCUAGCAUGUGUUUUUUUGUUGCACGUUGCUUCAGUCAUUACGCUUCACUCAGUCUGCUGCAGAACAUCCCAAUGAAUAUCAUUUGCUGCAAACAAUCAGUAAUAACAGAGUUUGUGUACAGAGACAUUGGUAAGAAACUGACAGUAAUGCUAAGUUGUACAACAUGAAAAGAACUUAAGCUUUCUAUAGUAUAGAGAGAUUCACCUUUAAUAUAUAUAUAAAAUUACUUAUAACUGAUGGUUCUUUCAUACGAGUGGAGAAACAGAAGAAAGUCAUAUGAAGGUAUGUUGCAUAGGAAAUGAAUAGCAAACAUUGCGUCUUGUGCAAAAUGAUGCUCUUUACUAAAUUACCAGGGUUGUCACUCACAUUGCAGAUUGAUCUGAUCCACAUGAAGAGUCACACACUUGUAGUGAACACUGGCCCACUGAUGGAGUAGUAAUAGUUGUUUUUGUUAUUUUAUAUGGUGGUGUGAAAAUCAUUUUAGGACUACAGCCAAUACUUUUAUUCACAUACAAAGGUCGUUAUUAAUGUGAAACAAGUAACUUCAUAAAUUUUGCACUGGCCAUGAAAGACUCACUUUCUAUAACAUACAGUCCAAGAAUAGUGAAAGCUGCAUUUUGUUGCUUCGUUUGAUAACUUGUAAUUGCACUGUAACUUAAGUAGUUUUGAUAAUUUGGUAAUAAUUAACUUUUAAAUUGUCAAAAUAGCCUUUGGUAGUGUUGUACUUUAUACUGUGCUUCUUAAGAUAACCAGAUACAGUAUAGUAAUUUGUAAACCAAAAACUUAACCAAUGCAUCACAGAAAGAGAAAGCACAAGUAUGGAUUUAUUUUGUUGGCGAUUUCAAAACAUAUAAGACUAAAUUAUAAUGGAAAGAAAUGGAAGGUUAUUUGUAUGUUUAAGAUUGAAUCAUUGGAAUGUUACUUUUUAUCUGCAACAGGAACCUCCUCACACUGUGAUCUGGCUGGGUGUUGAUGUCUGGAGCUGGAAGUUUAAUUUCUAAGUAACAUGAAAAUUUCCAAAAUACUUCAGUCAUUAGAGUUUCCCAUGUAAUUUUCAGUAUGUAAAAUAUGUGUGUAAAUUUCUACGGUGACUGGAGUGUUCAGUCACAGCAAGCGUGUGUGCAGGAAACGUUCACCUUUCCAGUUAACACAAUCAUGACUAGCUUUUUCAGGAAUUUUUAAAUAAAAAUAACUGAAAA